AUGUCAAGAGACAAAGAGCUGGUGGCCCAUGAGGUUGGCGUAGAUGUCACUGCCCAAGAUGAAAAGGAUAUGGAGCGAUUGGGGAAAUCUCAGCAGUUCAAGAGAAACUUCAAGUUCUACUCCAUUUUGGGUUUCACUACGACGUUGAUGGCUACUUGGGAGUCUAUCCUACUCACAAGUAAUUAUGGCUUGACAGAUGGGGGCCGGGCCGGCAUGAUUUAUGUCUAUAUUGCCUCUUUUGUAGGCUUUUUUGCCGCUGUCAUUUCCAUGGCUGAGAUUGCUUCCAUUGCACCAACCUCGGCAGGUCAAUAUCACUGGGUAAGUGAAUUUGCUGCACCAAAAUGGCAGAGAUUUUUGAGUUAUCUCACCGGCUGGCUAUCGGUGCUGGGAUGGCAAGCUGCAUACGCUAGUAUUUGCUUUCUCUGCGGAACUUUGAUUCAAGGAUUGCUCGUCUUCAACUACUCUGGCGACACAGGUUACGUGUAUGGCUAUGAACGCUGGCAUGGAACCCUUUUGACAAUCGCGAUCGCGGCCGGUGGAACCCUGAUCAACACAUACGGUGCAAAGAUACUUCCUAAAAUCGAGAUCAUCAUCUUGGGUCUUCACCUUCUCGGCUUCGUGGCUGUUCUAGUCGUUAUGUGGUCCAUGACCAAGGAGACUUCUACGUCCGAAACUGUUUGGAAGGAAUUUACCAACUCGGGUGGUUGGUCAAGUAUGGGACUGGCUUGUUUGGUAGGCCAGUUGACACCCAUCUUCUCAUGGACAGGCCCUGAUGCGGCGACCCAUAUGUCUGAGGAGGUCCAAAAUGCUUCGUUCGUUAUCCCGUGGUGCAUGGUCUCGACUGCCCUAAUCAACGGAGCUCUGGGCUUCGUCAUCCUCAUCACACUUCUAUAUAAAAUGGGGCCUAUAGAUGAUGUGCUCAAUGCCGCAAGUGGAUUCUCCUUCAUCUCAGCAGUGAACCACGCUACCGACUCCGCAGCUGCCACCAACGGUGUAGCAGCCAUCAUCCUCGUCAUGGAGGUAUGCAGCGCAAUCAGUAUUCUCGCAACAGCUUCACGUCAGACAUUUGCCUUUGCCAGAGACAACGCUUUGCCCUUCUCUCGUGCCCUAGCCCACAUCAACCACCGCACCCAGGUUCCAGUAACCGCCGUCCUGGUUUCGACAAUCAUCACCGUCUUGCUGAGCUUGAUUAACAUCGGCUCCACGGCUGCUUUCAACGCCAUUGCCUCAGUUAUGAUCGCAGCCCUCUUCAUUACUUACAUCUUGCCCAUCUGCGCUUUCAUCCGUGUUCGCUUCUUACCGGGUGGGAUCCCGCGCGCGCGGUUCUCACUCGGCCGGCUGGGUUUGCCUUUGAACAUCUUCUCUGUUGCUUAUCUCUGCUUCGCUAUCAUCUUCACUUUCUUCCCUACUGCUGCUGAUCCGACACCUGUCGAUAUGAACUGGUCUAUUCUUGUGUUUGGCGUUGUGGUUAUUUUCGCCAUCGUGCAAUAUUUGGUUCACGGUCGACACACCUAUCAGGCUCCUGUCACACAGGUGCGCAAGUCCAUGUAA